AUGACGCUCCUCACCCGCGGCGCCGGCGCGGCGCGCUACAGCGCACACGUCCCGACAACGCUGCUCGAGAAGGCGCUCAUCGGCUCAAGCUCCGCCGUGCGCGCCCUCGCCGACCCGCGGCAGGCGCGUCUCGUCGGCGUCGUGGGUGAGACGACGGGCGGCGCGGCGCUGCACCGGCUGCACCGGCGAAUGGAGCGCCACCCGGUCGGACGCACCGUACUGCAGGACCGGCCGCUGAUCACGUCCGAGACGCUGCACGCGGAGACGCUGCGCGCCAUGCCGGCCGGAAGCUUCGGCGCCGAGUACGGCGCUUUCCUCGCGCGACACUCGUUUGACCCGGACGAGCGGACGGCGGUGCACUUUGUUGACGACCCAGAGCUGGCGUACGUUAUGACGCGGUACCGACAGGUGCACGACUUGUGGCACGUCCUCUACGGGCUGCCACCCACCUUUGCGGGCGAGGUCGCUCUCAAGUGGCUCGAGGCGGCGCAGACGGGGCUGCCGAUGUGCGCCGCCGGCGCCCUUGCGGGCGGCGUGCGCCUGACGGCGGCGCAGCGGCGGGCGGUCGUGCGAUCUGUGCUCCCGUGGGCGGCGCGGCACGCGCUGCGUGGGCCAGCACGACCCGCACCACCCACGGGACUGAACCCACAUUGGGUUUGA